UGGGGUGGCUCGUAGCUCUCGUGCUCCACUAACGGAUCGCACUCAGUAAUCUCUCUUUUCCUCACUAUUUCGAUGGUGAUUUAAAAUAAAUUUGUCUUUUUCGUUGCCGCAUGUGUUACGUGGCAUCUGAAGAGCAAAAAGAAUUGGCGUGCGAUUGAAUUUAGGUGCAGAAAGCGAUCAAAAUGUUUCCCGUUGGAGCAGCUGGUGCUGCUGAGCUGUGUCAGGGACAUCCAUCCUCAGGGUCAGAUGUUUCUGCUCCACUGACUCCACCAGCACCAGAGUAUGUCUUCAAACCGCCUCUACGGCCAGACUUUGGCACAAUGGGUAGGACAAUCAAGCUUCAGGCCAACUUCUUUGAAAUGGAAAUACCGAAAUUGGAGGUGUACCAUUAUGACAUAGACAUCAAGCCUGAGAAAUGCCCACGAAGAGUUAACCGAGAAAUUGUUGAGCACAUGGUCCAGCACUUUAAAACGCAGAUCUUUGGAGAUCGAAAGCCUGUGUAUGAUGGGAGGAAGAAUCUAUACACUGCCAUGCCUUUACCCAUUGGAAGGGACAAAGUGGAGCUGGAGGUCACAAUUCCAGGGGAGGGAAAGGACAGGAGCUUUAAAGUAGCUAUAAAGUGGAUGUCCUGUGUGAGUCUGCAAGCUCUACAGGAAGCACUGUCAGGACGACUACCAAACAUCCCCUUUGAGACCAUUCAGGCUCUGGAUGUUGUAAUGAGACAUUUGCCCUCUAUGAGGUACACCCCAGUUGGACGUUCGUUCUUCACUCCCUCUGAAGGCUGCUCCAACCCCCUUGGUGGAGGGAGAGAAGUUUGGUUUGGUUUCCACCAGUCUGUUCGACCAUCCCUUUGGAAAAUGAUGCUUAACAUUGAUGUGUCUGCAACUGCAUUCUACAAAGCUCAACCUGUGAUUGAGUUCAUGUGUGAGGUUUUGGAUUUUAAAAGUAUCGAAGAGCAACAGAAGCCCUUAACAGACUCUCAAAGAGUGAAGUUUACCAAGGAGAUCAAGGGUCUGAAGGUGGAGAUCACGCACUGUGGACAGAUGAAGAGGAAAUACAGGGUGUGUAAUGUAACAAGGAGACCAGCCAGCCAUCAGACGUUUCCCUUGCAGCAAGAGAAUGGUCAGACCAUUGAAUGCACUGUUGCACAGUACUUCAAAGAUAAGUACAAACUGGUGCUGCGAUACCCACAUCUCCCAUGUUUACAAGUUGGUCAGGAGCAGAAACACACCUACCUUCCCCUGGAGGUCUGUAACAUAGUAGCUGGGCAGAGAUGCAUAAAAAAACUGACUGAUAAUCAGACCUCCACUAUGAUACGUGCCACUGCCAGGUCUGCGCCUGACCGUCAGGAUGAGAUCAGCAAACUUAUGAGAAGUGCCAACUUCAACACCGAUCCUUAUGUGCGUGAGUUUGGAGUCAUGGUAAGAGAGGAGAUGACUGAGGUCAAUGGUCGGGUUCUACAGGCACCUUCAAUUCUCUACGGAGGAAGGAACAAAGCAAUAGCAACCCCAGUUCAGGGUGUGUGGGACAUGAGGAACAAGCAGUUCCACACAGGAAUUGAGAUCAAAGUGUGGGCUAUUGCCUGCUUUGCUCCACAGAGGCAGUGUACUGAACUCCUUUUAAAAGCCUUCACUGACCAGCUCCGAAAGAUCUCUCGUGAUGCUGGGAUGCCCAUUCAGGGCCAGCCAUGCUUUUGCAAAUAUGCCCAGGGAGCAGACAGUGUGGAGCCUAUGUUCAAACAUCUCAAGUACACUUACCAAGGCUUACAGUUGGUGGUGGUCAUCCUACCUGGGAAGACCCCUGUUUAUGCUGAGGUAAAGCGUGUUGGAGACACCGUUCUUGGCAUGGCCACACAAUGUGUCCAGGUAAAGAAUGUACAGAAGACCACACCUCAGACCCUUUCCAACCUCUGCCUCAAGAUUAAUGUCAAACUAGGUGGAGUCAACAACAUUCUUCUUCCACAGGGCAGGCCCUUAGUGUUUCAACAGCCAGUCAUCUUUCUGGGUGCAGAUGUGACUCACCCCCCAGCUGGUGAUGGCAAGAAACCCUCUAUUGCUGCUGUGGUUGGCAGUAUGGAUGCCCACCCAAGCCGAUACUGUGCCACGGUGCGGGUGCAGCAGCACCGUCAGGACAUUAUUCAGGAUCUGGCCACUAUGGUGAGAGAGUUGCUCAUCCAGUUCUACAAAUCCACACGCUUCAAACCCACUCGCAUUAUCUACUACAGAGACGGCAUCUCAGAAGGGCAGUUCAACCAAGUUCUGCAGCAUGAGCUGCUGGCUAUCCGUGAGGCCUGCAUCAAGUUAGAGAAAGAUUACCAGCCAGGCAUCACCUUUGUAGUAGUCCAAAAGAGACACCACACCAGGCUCUUCUGCAUGGACAGAAAUGAACGGGUUGGAAAGAGUGGCAACAUUCCUGCUGGCACAACAGUUGACACCAAAAUUACCCAUCCAUCUGAGUUUGACUUCUAUCUUUGUAGUCAUGCCGGAAUUCAGGGAACCAGCAGGCCCUCUCACUAUCAUGUGCUGUGGGAUGACAACCAUUUCACCUCUGAUGAGCUGCAGGUCCUCACCUACCAGCUGUGCCACACUUAUGUGCGCUGCACCCGCUCUGUCUCCAUUCCUGCACCAGCCUAUUAUGCCCACCUGGUGGCAUUCCGUGCUCGCUACCACUUGGUUGACAAAGAACACGACAGUGCUGAGGGCAGCCACACAUCAGGUCAGAGUAACGGCAGAGACCAACAGGCCCUGGCCAGAGCUGUGCAGAUCCACCAGGACACACUGCGCACCAUGUACUUCGCCUGAACAUAACCAGAAACAAGCCCCUCCUCCACAAAACAGCACGGUGUGUGUGUGUGUUUGUGUGUGUGUGCCUCAUUUGUAUAAUGGGUACUUUCAGAUGAAAACAAAAGACUCCAGAAUCUCCAUGAUGUUAGGUUUCAUAAUGCCCACGUAGUAAUUUUCAUACAUACUAAAUAUCCUGUCAUGAUUUUUAGAACUGUAAGAUGUGAAUUCAUUAAUUUAUCUUUUUUAUUAUUAUUAUUAUUUGGUUAAGUGGGUGUGGUUAUGUAUCUCUGUUGUACAUGUGCAUGUCAAAUUAGAGGUUACCAUGUUUACAUAUUCAAUCCAAAAAUGGAAAAUAUUUUUACACUGAAAGUUACAUUACAUGCAGGGGUGGGGGUGGGGUCUUGGUUCAAUAUUCUUGCCAAGUUGUGGAGACUGUUGAGCAGUAGUUUUUUACAAACUCUUCAAACCAAUGGGUUGGGGUAAGUUUAGGACAAUGCGGAUCAGGUUUAGGGGUUGUGGGGAGGCAGUUUCCACAGCUAAAUUAUUUAUCAGCAAAGCAAGUGCACUGAGCAGAAGGGGACUUCAGGACAAAAGUACUUAUCCUGUUUUAUUACAUUUAUUUGUACUAAUAUGAAUUUUUAUCUUUGUGUCAUAUAUUGUUCAGUCCAGGGCUCAGUCAACCUACUGUACCUGUCCUUCCAUAACUAAUCAAGCAUCGUCAUAUGCUUGCGUUGGAAAAUUGUAACUUAAAAUAAGUUCAGAAUCAAGAACAUGUUGAGCUAUUUGGAAGUGAGAAUGUAGAAAUUGUUCUGACAAUCAGUUUUCAGGCUCUCUGCCACUCAAAUGAGACUGGUUCUCAUCAGUGACACCCUCCGUAUACCUGAGCCAGUAUUCUCUGUGUGGAAACAGCUCUUAAAAAUAGUCAAUUAUUUGUUCAAGUAUUGUCCUUUAUAAAAUACUAAUAUCUUUAGAUUCUAAGCAUUCUAGUCAUGAUGAGAUUAUCGUAUGUACUUUAUAAUUUCUGCCAUGAGAAUUUCUCUCUUGUCUGCUGUGAUCGUAAUAACCUAAAGUUUCAGUGGGUGCGUACAUGAUUUCAGGUUUUAUUUCUUAAUUUCACAUCUCCUUUCAGGAAAUGUGUAUCAAAUUUCACUUUGUUCAAGCACCUAUUUUGAUAUUUUAAUUUCAAAAUUUGUCCCCACAUUGAAACAAGGCCAGUUUUGUGCUGAAUAUUUGAGGCUCUGUAGCCCUGUGCUCUGUAAUGUUUCCAAUUGUUAAGUUUGAUUGUUCUGUGCUGGUGUUGAGGUUUAAAGACGGUAAAUGAAAGUUCCUCCAGUCACCACAUUCCAGCUGACCAUACAGGCAAUAAAGACUUUGAGGGCAGGGAAGGGAGGGAGAAGGGCAGAUGCUUAAGAAGAACACUGAUAUCAGUCGCAUUGUUCACAGAGACACGACAAGGUUGGAGUGAAAAUUCUAUCCAAAUUUCAAAUGCACCUUAGUUUUUAUCUCAAUAGUCUAUAACUUGUAUGUUUUCAUCUUGAAUAUUACCAAUAUUUUUUUGAGAACCCAAUAUUGUCUUUUAUAGACAAAAGUAAUUGUGUUAAUAUCUUUCUUUUAGAGACCUUAAGGAGUUUUUUUUAGACUGACAGGGUUGGGCCACUAGGCAAGUGGUGGUUAGAUUAACCUACGAGGAACAUUUGCUAUUGAGAAAGUCAAUACAAACUUAGUUCAAAUUGAAGCGCAAUACAUUGUAUAUGUCUUGGUAUACUGUUUUAAUGUAAACAGUUCUAUGGCUUUUAGAGGAUAUCAUGUGCAGUGAUAAUUGAUUGAGAGUUGUUAGUUAAUUAACUGUAAGCUCAUUUCCCCAUAUAAUGCUUCAAUUUUAACUUGAAAUAUUUGGGAAUUUUUAAUAAUCUUUUUCUAACUAUGCAUUCUUAACCAAGAGAUUUUAGUGGUAUGUUUGUGAAUAUGAAUUUAGAACAUUUGUAAUGUAGUUAUUUUAAUGCUGGGUACUUUUAGUAUUGUAAAUAGUGCAAACCCUGUUCCCACUGUAGCAGUAUUAGCAUAACAAGACACUCUAUUUUUAUUAUCAACGAUUGGAUGUUCUUUAUAUGGCUCUCAAUUAUUCCUGUAAGCCAAACAAGAUAACAUAUGUACCUGAACCAUAACUGAAGCACAAUGGGACAUAAUUGUAGGUGCUAGAGUUUGAAACAACCCUUUGUUUUUAAUCUUGUUCAGCCUCAUAUUUUAAACAAGAAAAUCACAGACUGUAAGAGAUGUUCAUGGAUAUGUUCGAUUUUGAAUCCGGUGUAAAUUUAUGACAUUUUAUACCCUGAAACAAUGUUAUCGAUUUGUCUUUUCUUUUUUUUCUUUUUUUUUUGCCAACUCUAAACCCAUCAAACUGUUUGUAAGGGGGUAUUUUAGCUUAUCUUCACAUACUUGACUAUGUUAUGUUAUUAUUUGGCGCUGGUCUCGCAACUUGUAAAAAUAGAUGCACUUUGAAGAGCAAUGGACACAAGACCCUUAGUUCUGGUAGUUUUGAAAUGGAAGCCUACAUGUGGAACAUGAAUAUGUUUUCUGGGUGCAGUUGUGUGGAAAUGACUAGAUGUCCUACCUCUUGUUACCUGUUACUUGUAUUAUGGUAACAUACCGCACUGGUCAUUUCUUCAUAAUUGCACUUGGGAAAGUUAUAUUUUUGUCUCUCUGAAUUUAGUGUUAGAUGUCACAAAAAAAAAAGCUUGAAAACAUGCUCUAAAAAUCAUUGUUUUUUUUGUUUUUUUUUGUUUUUUUUUUUUCUCUCAUCUCUUCAGGCCAUACCUGCUGCAUUUAUCCUAGAUGAUUAACCAUUCCCAUUUUGGAUAGUGUUUAAGCUAUGUAUUCAAAACUAAUAUUGAGUGCUGCAAGUAUCAAAUGAAAGUCAGACAUGAAUUCAAAAGAAUAUUAUAUGCUUUAAUUGAACAAGUGUCUUAUUGCUUUAAAUGUUAAACCCAUAUUUUAAACAUUUGCUAUAAAAAUGUAUAGUGUAAAUUUCAUUUUUACCAUUUUCUGUCCUCUGAAAUUGCAAUUCAUCAUUGCUUUAUCCAUGUAUUCAAUUGAAUGUGUCACCUAGAUUUCUUGUUUUUCUUUAAAUCCUACUUUAGGUUUGAAUAAGUAGUAUUUAUAAUUUAGUGUCAGGAAUUAUGCGAGAUGUAAUAAUUGCUUGCAUUUCUAAUUAGAUCUAUUCUGGAACAAUCUAAUUUCUCUUUGUCCUCAAGAACUGUUUGAGUUUUUAUCUUUUUAACCUUUAAAAAUCAGCACCUUAGUCAAAGGUCUUCAACAUAUGCAAUUUCUCAAGUAAGAAAUGUAAGAUGUUUUUGCACUAUAUCAGAAGUGGUGUUACUGUUUUGCAUACAGAUUAUAAGGUUUGAGAGAAGUGUGGGCUGCUCAGCACCAGUGUUUUGGCCUUUUUCAUUUGUAGUUCAUAUACAAAUGCAUUGGCACUACUCUAUUAGAAGUUUAUAAUAGAUAUAAAAAGGUUUUGAGUUAUUACACUAUGCAAAAACUCAUUUAAAUUCAGAGCCGGCACAUUUAUGUAUUCUGGUACUUUUUAAACAUAGAAACUGUCAGAUUGUGGCUGUAAAGUAUAUGCUGUAUGCACACCAAAAUGUAAGAAUUAAGCCCCAUUUUAAUUUUAAGAUAUAUUUUUUUAAUUAGUUUGGACACAAGGAAACUUAUGUUCUGGUGAAUUGUUCAAUUAAAAUCAUUCCUGUCUAACAUCUUUGCAUGUAGAUGGUAGGGAGGCUGAGGAACGGAAUACAAUGCUGAUUUUAUAAAGACACAUCUAUCUUUGCUGCAGCAUCUUAAGUUCAAAUCUAUAGUUGUAGUGUUAACUGAGAUUUGAAUUGGUGCGUAAUGUUUUCCCUGGAAGCUUAGAAUUAUGUAUCUAUCAAUGCUAUGUCAUUACCAUUAUGCUGAUAUUCAUGGAUGUCUCUUGCAUCAUCAUUAAUCGAGUUCUGACUUUUGCUUCUUGAGUGAAGCUUGUAUAUUGCUUGGCUUAGUAUCUUUUUGGCUCUGUGUGGGGUUACAAUGUCCACAUGCCUCUUUGCUUUAAACAUCAUGGUUGGAAUAACAUGUAAAACUAGGGCUUAAGGCUACUGAUUAUUAAGCCGUUACUGUCAGACUUAUUACAUAUUUGGUGCCCCACUGUUUGGAUUAUGUUGGCAAAAUGUCAAACUCAAGAGAAUUGUGCUUCCCCCAUGUUCAGUAAGAGGUGUUCUAUCAUUCUUAUGAGAUAUAUUGCUAAUGUAUUUACAUUAGACAUUUGCACUAGUGUUAGUCUGAAACCGAAAUGUAUGCCUCGCUCUACAUACAUAGCAGUAGUUUUUUGUAACUUUCCUCUUUGCUUUUCCACAUCUUAGAAAUAUGCUACCUUUUAUGACCUGCUCAUACCACAAGGAUACAAACGAACAGUUUGAAUGUACUUCAUAUGUCUGCAUUUUGAAAUGGUGGUCAUGAUAUCCAUGUUACAAUUUGUAUUUGUUUGCUCCACUUUGUUUCAUACAUGCAAAUUUAAAGCUGCAUUGAGUCAUUAGGAUGUAAUGAUUGGAGAGAGAAAUGUAACUCAUUAUUCAUGGUUGUAGAGUACUAAAUUAACAUUUGGGAAAUUUAUUCAGAAUACACACUUGCACAAAGAUGUGCGCAGCGCUGAUGUUUGUGGUGCUAAACUCGAAGUGUACAUAAUGCACUAUUGUUUUUCGCCAGAAUGUUUGCCAGAAUUUCCAACUGAAGUUACAUCUAAAGGAUUUAAGCUAUUCUAUAAUGCUCAUGUUCAUAUUGUCCAUUUUAAGUCAGAUUCCGAUCACUGAUUUUAAGCCCUUUUUGCAUUACCAGCAAACUCUCUGUGGUGGUCCCAUAUUAAUGAUAGUGGUACUUGCCGAGCCCCAGUUCAUUGUGCACAAACUAAACACCUACUCUGUUCAUUAGAGGUCAGAUAAUUUUCAUUUAGCCAUGACCGCAUACAAAUUUCAGAACAAAUUAUUUUGGCUUUUUCCACUUCUAAGUUCUUUAGCUCAUUGAAAUAUAACUGACUAAACCUGAAGCUUUUCCAUGUUGUGAGGGAUUACAAUGUCUCUAGUAUACUGUUAAAAGAGCACAGUACCAUUAGUUGGCAUUACAUGCUAAUACAUUUAUUGAUUAAUAUAUGAGCAAGCAUAUAAUUUGGAAAUGUGGUGUUAAGACUAAUUCAUUGGAAUAGUUGAGAGAGUAAUCACAACCUGGCUUUUUAAAACAACUUUUAAAUCUACCUCAGAAUGGUGUCAGGUGCUAACUUUAAAUAUCCCUUAUAUAUGUAUAUGUGCUCAUGACAAAGAACAAUAAUUGUGACCAAAAAACACAAGCCUGUACUGCGUGUUAAAUGUUUAGUUUUGUUUCACUUUUUUUUUUUUUUUUUACCAUUUUUUGGUGGAUCAACAUGAGGGAUGUUUAGGCAUGUAAUAAAAUUGCAGGGGACCAAAAUAUUAUAUAUAUUUUUUUCUUUUUAAAAUGUAGUGAUAAAAGAAUACUCAUCAGCAUAUUGAGAACUGCACACUGCAGUUUGACAACAAAAAAGAGCUUUAUUUAUGCUCCAGACAUAAUUUAUUUGCAAUCAGAAUGAUACUUCCUGGCAAUUUUAACAGUAGUUUUGAGUGGAAUUAGAGCUGUUCUCAGAUCUUCUGGUCAGAUCUAUGGCGAGAAAUGGCUAGGAAUCAGAUUUAAUCAAGUCAUCACAAAGGCUUGGGUCUGGGUGGACUUCAAAGAUAAUUGCCAAAUGAAAACGUAGUGGUUGAAAUGGUAUGGUUUCUUAAGACUGGGGCCUUUUCUAGAUUGGAAGAAAUGUCCAAUGAAUGACCACUGCUCUUGUGUUUUAAUAUACAGUAUGUUUGGGAAACUGACAACAUUUUCCUAUGAAGCAGCUUAUCAUUGAGUUUCAAUGUCUUCAGAGUGCUAGCAUUAUACUUGAUUCUUUUACUUGAUUUAUAUCCAGUAUUGCAAUAAAGAGUUUUGAGAUCUUUCAAAUUCGCACUCAUUAGAUCUGAUCUGAUCUGUUUGAUGAAAGUUCCAUAAGGGUAGAGUCAGGUCUCGGAUAAGCUAUGUAUUUAAGCAUUUUCAUUUUAAGAUUUUGGAGUGCUAUUCAAUGCAGUUGAAGUGUAUUUACCUUGCUACAUUUUCUGAAGGGAAUUCAAUUUUGAUUUCUUGUAUCUCAAACUCUUGAGGAUGUGUUCCAAAGCAUUCUGAUACACUGGCAUUUGAGUUUCUUGAGAGAGUUUGAUAAAUAUAAAGGUACAAAAGGUUGUAUGGAAAGAAGAUUUUUGUUUCUCACUAACUACGUUUCCAUCCAAGUUUUUUUUUUUUUUUGCGACAAAGUGUAACGCAUCAAAAUGUUUACUGAUAUAGCUGAUGGAAAUGCAAAUUAUUGCUGAAAUGUCACGUGUGAACAUAAUAUUUUUCCAUUUAACUCUGACGCAUAAACUAAAAUUCAAAUGUCAUGAAAAUCGGGUUUGGAAAUGUCUUUUGCAAAAAUAUUGUGUCACAUGACAGAAUUUACCCCACUCAUUAACCUGUGUUAAUCAUGAUGACAAGGUAUACAGCCUUGAAAGCUAAUCAUUAAGCUAAAGCAGUACUCACACUGUUAUGGAUUGAUCUUAAUGGCAUACCUGCACAGAUCUGAUGCUGCAAACACAUCUGCGUCAUAACACUUCCAGGUGUGCCAACACAAAUAUCUUGUAUCAUGCACAUCGACAAGUGCACUGAACAAAUGAAUGGCCACUCUGCGAUUAAUUUAAUCACGGUAGCCAUCCAUUUAUUUAUUAAAAUUGCUUUUCCACACCAUUCAAAAUAAUAGACGGCAGUCAUUGAAUUAGCCCACAAUCAAAAAACAUAUAAUUUCUGUGCACAAAGAUAUUUUAAAUUAAAAAUAAAUUCACAAUACAAGGAGAAAAGCAUCAGUGUGCUUUUAGCAACAUUAACAUAUAGCUCAAUUCUCUAAAAUUGUUUAGCUUACUUUUGAAAACAUGAUGGCAAAAUUCCCUGUUUUAAAUUAAAUAAAUUAGCCUACUAAAUGAAUAAAGCGUUAAAUUAAAUAAUGAAUUACUAAAAUAAAGAAAAUAUUAUCUUUAGAUCUAUAUAUGCCUUUUCAUUACACAAACUUAAUUUAGCCUUACCCUGUUCUGUAUUUGAAAAGUCAGCUGAAUGAAAUUCUCAGAAUAUUCUACACUUUUCACGACUAUAAACUAUCAGAAAUAUUUGUCCAAUGCUGAGUUCACUUUUGAACAUUUUAAAUAUUUGAAAUCAAACCCCCUUUAACUCUUCAGAAACUGUAAAUUGCAUUAUGCCACUAAAAUGUAUUUUAGAUGACAAUCAAGUUCAGUUGGUCGUUAAAAGCUGCCGGACAAAUUUGCGGGACAUAAUGCAGUUAUGAUGGCAAUGCUUUAGAGAUGACUGUUCAAAAUAGACUAUUGAAUAUCAGGAAUGUAUCAUAUGUAAUCGCUGAUAAUACACCGCAUGAAUUCUUCUUUAAUAGCUGUGCACACUGCAUCUACACAUCGAUGGAUGCUCCUUAUACUAAGACUGAAUUUCUCCCGCUACUUGGUGCAGGUUGCCAGCUUGAACAGGGCCUUGACUAUUCACUUCUGCGAUAGGCGCAUCAUCAGUAUCCGGGGGUAUUAAAAACUUGUGUGACAAAGUGUUUUUUCAAUAAAAGGCCAUUUGGAUGGAAACUGGCAUAAGAUGGCAAAUUUUCAGCAAUUGUUUUUACACAUUCUCACUUUGUCUAUUACAAAACAAAAAGUGGAUGGAAACUAGGUUAUUGGCAAGCUUAAAAAUGUCCAGCAUUUUUAUGUGUGCCUUUUUCAAAUUGAUCACACCCCUGAUUAAUGGACUAUCCUUUGAAAUUUGAUACUCAGCGCCACAUCAAAUAAUUUGUAAGUUUAUCAUGCAACCUUGAGUGAAUGCUGCAUAGAAUGAUCAGUAUUUGUAUUUUGCACUUUCUAAGCAGUUUAAAGGAUGUCCUGUUGUAAUCGGGCAUAAAGACUAAGAAUAUUUAAGACGAGGUAUUUUCUGCUAUAAUAGGAAUUCUAAGGAACCGUAUGACUUGUUGGUCUUUUCAAAAACAAAGUGUAUGGAUGUGAAGUACCUCAUAAGCCUGAUAAAUGCUGCAUAAACUUCAUUUAUUGUUCUUUUGUUAACCUAAUUUUUCAGAAAUUGCAAAACAAUUUCCCCAACAGAGAGGUUUGAUGCCCACAUAAAGCUGUGCAAGAGCCUACAGAAUUAUUUGUGAUCGACCACAGACGCUUUUUAAACAAUAGUUUUGUACCACGUUUACUUGUUGGGUAUAAAGGGUAUCAAUGGUGCACAGAAAUUGCAAUUCUGACAUUAGACUUAAAGGGUGAUACAACAUUUUGUAUUGUUUCCAAGCAUCUAGUUUUAGCAUUGGCCAGUUGAUCACAACUAGUGUAUAUGUAGUGACAUCUUGCAGUCAAAAGUUACAGUUGACUCAGGUAUUGCCAUUAAGGGCUGUAUCUGCUAUUGCCUCUCUUACCCAAAUUUCCUCACCUGUGUCUUAAUGUAGCCUUAGAACUGCAUAUAUGGAUGGAACAUUGGAGAAUAUCUGGCCUUAAAAUAUGCACUAUUAACAGAACAUGCAAGUCACUACACAUCAGGCCAUAUGUUUUUGCCAUAUAACUACCUCCUAAGAAUGUAGGAGUGUCCUGGAGCUGCCAGAUGGUUUCUUUUUCUCUGGUUUUAUUUUCCAAAUAGUACUACGUAAAUUGACAAUCAUCAUGCAUUUUAUUCCAUGCAAUAGUUACUAACAUAAUUAUUUUUCAAAAAGGAAAUUUGAGAUCUGUAGUUUAAAGCAAUCUAUAAUGGUGUGAAUUAUAAACAACUGAAAUUCCGGGACACUCAAGUUGAUUCUGUAUGUUUUGAUUUUUGUUUUACAUUUAUUUUUGUUUUUUUGUUUUUUAAAGACCAUGUCCACAUUAGCCAUGGAAGAGCCAAAUGACCAAAGUUUCAAUUCGAUGGCUUUCUUGCAUUGCCUUGUGGUCUCAAACCUCCAGCUCACAUCAGCAAAUUAUCUUUCAUUUAACCUUGUGUUUUAAAACAUGCCAAAAUUAAAUUUGCUUUCAUUCAUCAUGGCAAAGUCUUUAAUUUCUCAUUCAUGUGUUUGCAUUCACUGCAAAGCUCUUUGACUUUUGUUAAUGUAAAGAGUGUGAGCUUUAAUUUUUUUUAAACAAAUAUGAUUAUAAACCAAGAUAUGCUGUAAACCCUGCUAAGACAUAAUGUGAAAACGUAUCAUUUAAUAUAGCUCACUUUCGCUUGACUGUGUAAUGCAUCAUUUAAUAAACUUAAUUUCCU